AUGAAACAAGAAGUUCAGUACUACUUGGAAGAAAUUCAACGUCAUAAAGAAGAAACUCAGCGUUUCCAGCCGGAUAAUGAUCGUUUAAAACAAGAAUCCCGGCAGUCUGAUAAAGAGAUUAAGCGUCUGAGCGAUGAAGUUCAAUUUCUCAGACAAGAAGUCGAACUUAUAAAACGUUCAUCGACUGCGUCAAGUGAACAUACAAGAAUUCCUUUGACUGCAUCAGCAAAGACAAGUGGUGAUUGUGUUUUGAUUACAACUGGCUCUUUCAAUCCAAUUCAUCGUUCACAUCUUCAAAACCUUUUACGUGUAAAACAAUAUCUUGAGAACGAAUGUCAACCACCAUGGAAUGUUCUCGCAGGGUAUCUCUCGCCAACACAUGAUUCAUAUGUACAUUCAAAACUGGGUGAUUCAGCAUGGAUUCGAGCCGAAGAUCGAUGCCAACUCUGUGAAGGUGCUAUUGAGCAUGAUAAACUAUCAUCUUGGGUUACCGUUUCGCGAGGUGAGUCGAUGAAAUCACGAAAAUUUGAUGUUGUUAACUUACUUCUUAAACGUAGUAUUAAUCUUGAUUUUGCAACAAGUGGUCCAGAUGCUGACAAUUUAAAUAUAACUGAUCAAACAGCACUAUUUAUGGCUACAUUGAAAGAUCGUGUUGAUAUUACAAAAUUUUUAAUUGAAAAAGAAGCACACGAAAAUGUACAAAAUUGUUAUGGUAUAUCACCAUUACUUCUUUGUGCCGAAUCAGCAUGUAUGAGAAAUCAUGAAGAAAUUAUUCGAUAUUUACUUGAGUCUGGUGCAAAUGUAAAUGUAACAUCGGAAGUUGGUUCAUCGCCAUUUCUUGCCAUUUGCCAGCAUAAUAAUGUUGAAUUAGCACGAUUACUUAUUCGGCAUGGUGCGCAAUAUGAUGUUGAAGGAAGAAAUUUAUAUGAUGGAAAAAUUAAUGGUUUGAUUAUUGCUU